CUGCUCUAGUUUGGAGUGCGGUUUUCUUGUCCUGAUUCUGCUCUAGUUUGUAGUGCGGUUUUCUUGUACUGAUUCUGCUCUAGUUUGUAGUGCGGUUUUCUUGUACUGAUUCUGCUCUAGUUUGGAGUGCGGUUUUCUUGUACUGAUUCUGCUCUAGUUUGGAGUGCGGUUUUCUUGUACUGAUUCUGCUCUAGUUUGGAGUGCGGUUUUCUUGUACUGAUUCUGCUCUAGUUUGUAGUGCGGUUUUCUUGUACUGAUUCUGCUCCAGUUUGUAGUGCGGUUUUCUUGUACUGAUUCUGCUCUAGUUUGUAGUGCGGUUUUCUUGUACUGAUUCUGCUCUAGUUUGGAGUGCGGUUUUCUUGUACUGAUUCUGCUCUAGUUUGGAGUGCGGUUUUCUUGUACUGAUUCUGCUCUAGUUUGUAGUGCGGUUUUCUUGUACUGGUUUUUUGUCUGCUGUGCUUUGAAGAGUUUCUGAUUUUUGACUUCAAUCAAAGCAGGUUAUUAUUAUUAUAGUCCUGCCUGAAUUCCUUCCUUCCUUCCCUGGAAUGCAGGGAGGGGCCUGGAUUUCCUUCCAUGGACUCAAUGGACGGCCGCAAGGAAAAGGGCCCGACGUGGACGCUGCUGCUGUGCGUGUGUGCGGCCGGGAUCGGAGGGACGUUCCAAUAUGGCUACAACGUGUCCGUCAUCAACGCCCCGACCGAGCACAUCCAGGGGUUCUUGAACGCGACGUGGUGGGAGCGCUACGGGGUCCCCCUCCAGCCGGACUUCCUGACGUUUCUGUGGUCGGUCGUGGCGUCCGUCUUCUCCCUUGGGGGGCUCUGCGGGGCGCAUCUCGGGGGGGCACUCGCUGUACGCAUCGGCCGGAAAGGGGCGCUGCUGGCCAACAACGGGAUAGCGCUGCUGGCGUCACUCUCAAUGGGCCUCAGUUUCCCCACCGGACUCUAUGAGCUCCUCAUCCUCGGACGCUUCCUCAUUGGCAUCAACACAGGGGUGGGCCUGUGUGUGCAGCCGAUGUACAUUGGGGAGUCUGCCCCGAAGCACUUGCGGGGGGCUCUGGCCAUGGGCUCCUCCAUCUUCCUCACCGGAGGGAUCCUCACCGGACAGGUCGUCGGCCUACGGGAGCUUCUGGGAGGCCCCGCCUACGCCCCGUUCCUGAUUUCUUCCUGUUGGAUUCCGGCUGUCAUUCAAUUAUUGACACUUCCGUGGUUUCCCGAGAGUCCACGCUUCCUCUUCCUGGACAGGAAACAGGAAGAAAAGUGCCUCAAAGCGCUGCGCUCCUUCCAUGGUGGGCGUGGCCUUGUCGGCCACCUUGAAAUGGAGGACAUCCGCCGGGAGGGAUCCGCCACGUCCUCGUCGGCCAUCUUGAGGCCGUGGCAGCUCUUCUCUCGGGGGCGUGGCCUGCGCUGGCAGGUGCUCUUCAUCGUCCUCCUCACCUGCGGGCAGCAGCUCAGCGGCAUCAACGCCAUCUACUUCUACGUAGGCUCCGUCUUCGAACAGGCCGGCAUCCCGAAGGAGAAGAUUCCCUACGCGACCUUAGGGACCGGCGCCUGCGAGUGCCUCACUGCCUUGACCUGCGGCUUCCUGGUUGAGUCGAUGGGCCGCCGGGCGCUGAUCCUGGGCGGCUACACCUUGAUGACCGUCUGGUGCGGACUCAUGACCGUAUCCCUGACCUUCCAGGUGCCUUACCUGAGCAUGACGUGCCUGUUUGCCUUCAUCCUGAGCUUCGGCCUCGGCCCCGGUGGAGUGACCAACAUCCUGACGAUGGAGCUCUUCACGCAGGAGGCUCGCCCGGCCGCCUACAUGAUCGCGGGCUCCGUCAGCUGGAUCAGCUUCUUCACCAUCGGGAUGCUCUUCCCGUUCAUCGUGGGCGGCCUGGGCCCGUUCUGCUUCCUGGUCUUCCUGGGCGUGUGUGGGCUGGUGUCGCUCUUCCUCUUCCUCUUCCUGCCGGAGACCAAGGGGCGGAGCUUCCUGGAGAUCCAGGCCUUCUUCCGACAGCGCAGCUACGGCAAGCCAGAGGGCCGGGCGGAGCACAAGGACAGCGAGACCAGCCGCCUCCGCAAGGAGUUCUUCCCCUAACGAGGCAGGUAGAUGCCGCGGCUGAUGGGGUUGAGGAGCGUCCGGUAGGCCUUGUUCACCAAAGAAGAAUGUUCCUCGGAGAAGCCCCUUUCCACCUGUUAAUAAUAAUAAUAAUAAUAAAAAAAUAUUAUUAAUUAAUUAUUUAA